AUGCUUCUGGCAGCGUUCGACGUGCCCACCAUCAUACCAGAGGAUGGAGACUGCCUGGAGUUAUUGGUGGCGGAGUCUGAGAGGCGCUUCUCAGAAGUGUUAACUGGCAAGAAGGCCACGACCAUGCAUCUCCCAUACCCGUUUCCUCCAAGUGAUGAAAGGAAGACAUCUGGCGUUCCACAGAACUUGUUCAGAGAGAUUCUCAAAGCCCUUACCAGCGGGGAAACAGUUGUGCUGCUGAAUGGUCCGAGAGCACAAGGAGCUGACGUCAUAGUUCUGCGUCGGGCUUGCAAUGGUAAGAAACCUCUUGUACGCCUGCUACAGAUCAAGAACAGAGGAAAGCCUGUAGGUUCGCUUGAUGUCCUGAGAACACUUGGCGCGGGCGCAGGACAAAACAGGAAUGUCGUGCAGCCCGUCCGCUGGUCUGAAUGA